AUGGCCGACAGUGGCGGCGAUUAUUUCUUUGAAAGUGAAGAUUUUGAUAUAACACAAAUAAUACGAAUUCAGGCAGCUGUUAGGGGAACACUUGUGAGAAAAUGGAUGGAAGAAGUGAAACAGGCUUUUGAAGAAACAUUUGUUGAACUGGAGAAGAACACAACAUUAGGUGUAGACUGGAAGUCGGAGCUUGUUUGUUAUCCAAAGGUUGUCAAGGCCAAAGAUAGACAGAAGAAUGAGAAAAAUAAAAAAAUAAAAGAUACACAGAACAGGCAAAGAGAAGAAUCCAAGUCUCAGAAAUCUACAAACAGUCGGGUGAAAAACAAAACAUGCAAUCAAACUGAACACAAGCAGACAGAUUUUGCAACUCGGAAUGUUUCUGGGCCUUUUGUCAAAGUGUCAACAGAUGAGGAGAGUGAAAAUGUUAGUGAAAUAUCUGAAACUGUAUCCGACAGUCUUAAGUUUAAUUCAGUUGAAAUACAGACCAGUUUUAUUGAUGUAAACUUUCAAGAUGUGCCUCAUAAUAGCAAGCAUAACUCUGAUAGAAUUAACGACCAGGAUGACAAUAUUCUUGAUGAUCUAGAUGUCUCAUGGAAAGAUAGAGUCAAACCAUUUAUGCAAAAUAACUUUGGUGAAACAGAAAAUGUAGAUGGAUUAGAAAAAGACACUGCUGAUCUAAAUGAGUUACAUUUAGAUUUGGAUUCUGAUGCAGGUAGUGUCCAGUCACAAAGGAGUAGCAAGGGGUCAUCCAGAAAUACUGCAAGGGAUGAACAAUCUGAAAAAUCUGAACAAGUUAGAAAAAGAACUGAAACAUUAAAUGACGAAAGGAUUAAUAAGUUUGGGACUGUUGACAGAAAUACUGAAAGGUCAUUGAAUUCAGAGAGAUCUGAAAGAUCUCAGAGCUCUUCAAGAAGGAGGUAUGAUCAAGAAAUGUCUGACAGAGAUCAUAGAUCAAGCAGGUCAGAGGAUCAAAGUUCAAGGUCAAAUAGUAAACCAUCAAGGCAGUCACCAGAGUAUUUGGAAAAAGGUCAACCAUUUGCUAAAAGUAACCAGCCUGAAUCAGAGAAAAGGUCUGACACAGACUUGCUGUCCAGUAGGAGUCAUAAGUCUUACGAAAGGGAUCAAAACUUUUUUGAAACUGAAAAAUUUUCUCCUAGGGGUCAAAGGUCAAAUUCUUCAAAGCAUUCUGAUUCAAGGAGUCAGAAGUCUCACAGGUCUGAAAAGGGGUCAGAAGGUCAACUAAGUCACAGGUCAGACAGGUCAGAAGGAAAGAGACACAAUUCUAAUAGGUCUGAGGGACCUGUAUCUCACAGAUCUGAUAAAUCAGAUGACAGAAAAAGUCAGCAGUCUCAGAGGUCAAGGCACAAUGAAGGUCAUAGGUCACAGAGGACAGUUUCUGAAGAGGAGAUGCAUCCAAAGCAAUCUCGAGCCAGUCCUGUUGCGGUCAAAACAUCAGAGAUGAACUGUUUGCAUGAAGAUAAUUUGAUACAAGGGAGACCACCCUUACAGGACAGUACAAGUUUGACAAAUGUUACGUCUGUAUGGGACAGUUUCAGUUCUGUUAGAGAAUCCCAUGAUACAGAGAUGCCAAAACCUUUGCCACAAGAUACUACACAGCUGAAGGAACUACGCAAAAAUAUUGCCAUGGAGUUGCUAUGGGUACAGCAAGCAAUUGACAGUAGGAAAAAUUAUUUAAAGUUAAAGGGCAAAAUGUGAAAAUGAAAAAACUCUGUGCUUUGGAUAGGACUGAGUUGAAGCAUUAAUUGAACAUCGGAAUAACGAUCACAUCAAGUACAUUUAAGACUAAAUAGGAAACAGGUAAUUGUUUUGUUGUAAGAAACAGGACAGAACAGUGGGAAAGUAAUCACAUGCUCAGCAUGGAACCAGUGAGAGAAUUGGGAACCAGGAAACUAGUAGAAUGUGUCGAGCAGUGUCUGAGAUAUCUGUCUGCAUUGAUAUGAAAACAGACACUACUUACGAAUAGGACUCUUAAAACUGUUUUGUUCAACAGUGUAUUGAAAUGGAUGAUUAUCUGUUUCCAAGCAUGCUUUGGUGUUGUUCAUUUGAUUGUCAAUCUGGAAUCUCUCCUUGUUUGAAGGACUUAGAUAAAACAGGGUAGAAAAGCUUACCUUAAAUAACUUCUGUUAUGCCAUUCAAAAAAUAUUCCUAGGUCAGAAAAUUUCAAAAAAAUAUGGAGCAAGACCUAUUUGAGAGGUGGGAACAUUUUUAUAGAAGCAAGUGGGAUAUGUUGUGUUUUUUUAGCUCAACUAUACAAAGUAUGGAGAGCUGUCUUACUCCACGUCCCCACCUUGGUUAAAGUUUUGGUGCACUUUCACUCUAUCUCAGUUAUUACUAUAUGGACUUGAUUCAAACUUACAACAGUUAUUUCACAUCAUCACUCACAUCGUAUGACACAAGGUCCAUAACUCUAGCAGCAAUUUUUCAUGAAUUAUGCCUCCCCCACUUUUACUUGGAAUUUAAGGUUAAUUUUGAUGCAUUUUCACUAUAUCUCUGUUAUUACAGAGAGGAUUUGAUUAAAAACUUAAAAUAUUGUUCCACAUCAUCACUCACAUCAUAUGACACAAGGGCUAUAACUCUUGCACCAAUAUUUCAUGAAUUAUCCCCCUUUGUUUUGUGUCCGCUCUGUAGCUUUUGAACUACUUGAAGGAUUUCUAAGAAACCUGGCACAAAUGUACACUACAUCAAGACGACGUGCAAAGUGCAUGUUUCGGAUGGCUUGCUUCAAGGUCAAGGUCACUCUUAGGGGUCAAAGGUCAUAUGACUUUGUUUCGUGUGUAUAUUGCUCUGCAUUGCGGUGUUCUUGUUUUUAUUUGGCAGAUCCCUUUUUUGUUCACUUAACAAUUUUUUUUUUAAUUACUUCCCUUUUAUGUUACUAUAAAUAGCCUAUUUUUUAACUUUUUGUGAUCGCCCGUCGUCCGUCCGCCCACAAUUUCUUGUCUGCACGAUAGUGGUUUCAUUUAUGAUUUUAUUUUAACUAAACUUGCACACAACCUGUAUCACCAUAAGAUCUUGGUUCCUCACUUGAACUGGCCAGAUUCCAUCAUGGGUUUCAGAGUUAUGGCCCCUGAAAGGGCCAAAAUUAGCUAUUUUGACCUUGUCUGCACAAUAACAGCUUCAUUUAUGAUUUGAUUUUUACUUAACUUGCACACAACUUGUAUCACCAUAUGAUCUUGGUUCCUUUCUUGAACUGGCCAGAUUCCAUCAUGGGUUUCAGAGUUAUGGCCCCUGAAAGGGCGAAAAAUAGCUAUUUUGACAUUGUCUGCACAAUAGCAGCUUCAUUUAUGAUUUGAUGUUAACCAAACUUGCACAAAACUUGUGUCACCGUAAGAUCUUGGUUCCUUUCUUGAACCAGCCAGAUUCCAUUAUGUGUUUCAGAGUUAUGGCCCCUGAUAAGGCCAAAAUUAGCAAUUUUGACCUUGUCUGCACAAUAGCAGCUUCAUUUAUGAUUUGAAUUUAAUCAAACUUGCACAAAACUUGUGUCACCAUAAGAUCUCGAUUCCUUUCUUGAACUGGCCAGAUUCCAUUAUGGGUUCCAGAGUUAUGGCCCCUGAUAAGGCCAAAAUUAGCUAUUUUGACCUUGUCUGCACAAUAGCAGCUUCAUUUAUGAUUGAAUUUAAUCAAACUUGCACAAAACUUGUAUCACCAUAAGAUCUUGGUUCCUUUCUUGAACCGGCCAGAUCCCAUAAUUUGGGUUAGAGUUAUGGCCCCUGAAAGGUCCAAAAUUAGCUAUUUUGACCUUGUCUGCACAAUAGCAGCUUCAUUUAUGAUUUGAUUUUAACCAAACUUGCACACAACUUGUAUCACCAUAAGAUCUCGAUUCCUUUUUAUAUGCCCGAAGGGAUGUGUUAUGUUAUCGCCUCGGUGUCCGUCUGUCUGUCUGUCGGUUGGCAAUUUCCCUUCCGCUCUGUAACUCUUGAACCCCUUGAAGGAUUUCAAAGAAACCUGACACAAAUGUUCACCUCAUCAAAACGAUGUGCAGAGUGCAUGUUUCGGAUGACUCACUUCAAGGUCAAGGUCACGCUUAGGGGUCAAAGGUCAUAUGACUUUGUUUUGUGUGUAUAUUGCUCUGUAUAUUGUGGACUUAGAAUUUUUUUUGGAAUUUUUUCCCUUUGUUGUUCCUGUCCUUUGGGCUUCAACAGUCAAGCUCUUUUAAGUUUGCUCCCAUCCUCUGAUAUAACCCUUCGGGCGUAUAUUGCCCCGCUUGGCGGAGCUCUUGUUUUGCCUGAAAUGAAAAUACUUGAAUUAUUAAUGCAAACUAGGUCAAGCAUAUUCACUACCUUAUUUGAAGCUUAUGUUAAUCAGAUUAAAUUAUACUUUAUGCAUAAGAGGAAUUUUAGCCUUGUAGAGUAUUUUGGAGAUUGACUUUAUAUUUCCCAAUUAUCCUAUUUCUUAAUUCCCAUUUUUAGCUGCUUGACUAUUCAAAGAAGUCAUUUACCAACCUCACAGGAUCAAGUUCAUAACUCUGACACGUAUUUUAGACAAAUUAUGUCCCCUUUUGGAUUUAGAAAAUCCUGGUUAAAGUUUUGCAUGCAAGUUAAUAUCUCCAAAACUAAUGCAGAUAUUGAUUUGAAACUUUGCUUGUAUCUUUGGGGUUAUAAGACUAAGUGAUGACAUCAAGUCCCAUAUUUCUUGCAUGUAUUUUGGCAAAAUUAUGCCCCCUUUUGCAUACAAGUUACUAUCUCCUAAACUAAUGCUGAUACUGGAUUGAAACACUAUAGAUAUUUUAAUAUUUAGGGUAGUUUUCCUGCUUCUGGGACAACAAUUCGAAUAGACAAGCAUUGGCUGUCUUCUGGACAGCUCUUGUUCAAGGUAUCUACUUUGUCUUGAAUACCUUUUUUUGAUAUUUUUGAAUAUUACAGAAAGAAACAUUGGAUGCGUUCAAGUAUUACUUAGACAGCAGAAGUAUUCACAGGUUUGUCAUUUUGACAAAACUGAUUUCAGAAGGAAAAAGGAAGCAGUUUUUUUGCCUGUAAAUUUUUGUCAGCAUUAUCAAACAAAUGUAUUUGUUUUUAUAUGCCCGUCUCUGAAAGAGCAGGGCCUAUUAUGUGAACACCCGUGGCGGCGGGCAGCGUCCAAAAGCAUGUCCGCUGUAAGUCGAACAGUUUUCAUCCAGCUGUCAGCCCUUUAAGUUGAACAAUUUUCAUCCAAUCAUCACCAAACUUGGUGACAAUGUUUGUGGGCAUAAUAUCUCGGCCAAGUUCGAUAACCACCAAAAUCGCCCUAGGCAUUCUUGGAUUAUGGCCCUUGAAUUACUCGAAAUCUUUUUAUGAUAUGUAACUGAAUAUUUAGAAGGACGUAUUUUGUGACAGUCUGGCACUCUUGUUUGUCAAAUAAUUUCAGUUCAGUUUAUUUAUAUUUUGUUUCCUUAAAUGGAAAGUUGCACAUAUUUACAGAAAGAAGUCUGUAACUUUUAUAAAAUUGCUGUACUUUAUUCAGGUUUUUGCAAAAAAAAAAGUUUGCCUGACUGUAAAAGUAGCCUUGUAGUGUUUGCUAGGAAAAAGAACUGGAGCCUACAACAGCUGAUUUUGUGGAGGUUAUAUGGAUCUGUGUGGUGAUUUAAUAGAUCUGACAAAAUUCUUACAUGAUUUUCUUCAGAUACCAAAACUGAAGUUUAGAAAAAAUAUGUUGAGAUAUUUCCUCUCCUUGUUCAGAAACUGAUUACAAAUUAUAUAUUAUGUGAUAUAUUUAUUAAUCAUUAGUGAUAUUAUAUGCAUCAUGUACGUUGGACUUUUUUGUCAUAUUUUAUUAUACACAGAUAUUAUUCAAUAGUGUAUUCUCA